UGGCGGAAGCCAGAUUACGACGAAAUGCCGGUAGCCGUCAUAUACCAACAAUUUCACUUAAUGAUCGGCCAUUGUUUAUGCAAAAUGGAAAUCGUCGCUUUUCAAUCAGCGCUGGCGAUACACAGGAAAUUAGCAAUUUUCGUCGAGCAUUGCCACAAUUUUUAGCCGUUAGUGUUAAAAAUAUUUUACUUUUUGUGUAUGGAAUGACCUUGGGUUUCCCAACAAUUGUUAUACCUGCCAUACAAGGUGGCGAUGGCCGAGAACCCAGCGAUAUUGUUUUAAAUAAGGAACAAAUAUCAUGGUUUAGUUCCAUUAAUUUAAUAUGUGUCCCUUUGGGUUGUUUAUUUUCGGGAAUGUUAACCCAGCCGAUUGGCAAAAGAAGAGCUAUGCAGUUUGUCAAUUUACCCAUCCUGGCAUCUUGGCUUCUUUUUCAUUUCUCCACAAGAACAGAGCAUCUUUAUGCAGCACUGUGUUUAAGCGGUCUGGGCGGUGGUCUAAUGGAAGCUCCAGUCCUAACCUAUGUGGCAGAAAUUACAGAACCAAAAUACCGCGGCAUUCUCUCAGCAUUGGGUUCAACAUGUGUUAUAACCGGUGUCUUUAUACAAUUCAUUAUGGGCUCCCUGAUGGAUUGGCGUACCAUAGCAGCUGUGAGUUCAGCUUUUCCAGUGAUAUCGAUUAUCGCGCUAUGUUUUAUACCAGAAUCUCCAACAUGGUUAAUACGUGAAGAACGUUUCCGUGAGGCCAUUAAAUCUUUACAAUGGUUAAGAGGUUGGGUACCUGAACAUAAAAUCGAAGAAGAAUUUAAUCGUUUAUACAAUGAGUUGAUAACUCAGCCUGCUAUGGAAAAUCAAGCUGAGCUUGAACAAAUGCAGGGCAAAAAGCCAGGAUUUUUCCAUCGCCUUUUGGUCUUCCGUAAACGGUCAUUUUUGGCACCCUUUCUUUUGGUGGCAUUUACAUUUUUUGUUGGCCAUUUCUCGGGUAAAACAUCGCUACAAACCUACGCUGUUCAGAUAUUCCACACUCUGAAGGCUCCCAUUAAUAAAUAUCAUGCUACCAUAUUGCUGGGAAUGGCUGAAAUGGUGGCGACGGUAUUGUGUGUCUUUCUCAUCCAUUUCACCGGUAAAAGGCCUUUGGUUUUGGUAUCCACAAUUGGUGUGGGUAUUUGUUUCUUUGGCACUGCAACCUAUGCCCAUUAUCUUAAGGUGGUGCCGGGCUUUGCUGUUAACAAUGUGGUGGUGAAUGCCUCUUCAAUUGUCCCCAAGGACAGUAUUAUAACACGGGAGAAUAUAACACAGCUAUACGAGACCGAAGAAAAGGCAUUAUUGCUAAAGGCUCCCCAACUGCAACAGCUGGAAGAACUGACCACAAUGAUACCAGAUCUCGGGGAGGAUAUGAUGGCACACAAAAGAACGUACAGUUUUGAUUUGGAAGAUUCUCAAGAGGUCACAACGGAAACCACCACUCUGGUGGAAGAACCAACUACCAUUUUAACACCAACAACAUCUAGCACUACAACGACAACAACAAAUCCACCGCCCACUAUUACACACACUGAUGAAUCGCGGAAAAGUCUUCCGGAAAAAGUCAAGGAAGAUAUCCUGCUGACAGUGCCCAAACAAGAAAUGAAUAAUCUGGUGUGGAUACCUUUGAUUUUAUUAUUGGGUGCCGCCUUUUUUGCCCAUUUAGGUAUUCGUAUGAUUCCAUGGAUAUUAAUUGGUGAAGUCUUUCCAGCCACAGUGCGUAGCACAGCCUCAGGUUUGGUUAGUGGUUUGGGUUAUAUUUUCGGUUUCUUGGCAAAUAAAUUAUUUUUGCAAAUGUUAUCGCUGCUUACAAUGCCUGGAACAUUUUGGUUCUAUUCGGCAGUGGCAUUAGUUGGAUGUGCAACAUUGUAUUUUACACUACCCGAAACGGAGGGAAGGACAUUGGGAGAAAUUGAGGCCCACUUCUCCAAAAAGUCACCCACAAAUCUGCUGUGUAAAAAACAACAAAAAUUGGAAAAACAACAGAAAAAACAAAUGACCCAAAAUAAUGAUACCCGCUAUCCAUGCCCCUUGCAUGUUGAACAUUUGGAAAAUCUUCAAAUACCCAUUGGACCCUAUACAGAGGCGAAAAUAAUACAGCUACAACAAAGUGAUUUCCUACCCAAUCGUCGUACGAAUGGCACUAAUGGUGAUGGUGUAACCAAUAUGGCCUAUGAAGAAGAAAGUAAUACCACACAUUUGUAG